AUGUUAACGAGGUAUUCAACUGGAUUAAAGACAUUUUACACUCUUUUCGUGAUAGUUCCACACGACAUCACCACUGACGCGUCGCAGCACGCGAAACGGAUAGCCGCCGAGGCUAAUUUCGACAAACCCACAAUGACCAAAACAAAGACCAACGCAGAGUUUAUCAAGGAAUGCAAUGCAAAACACGCCGGCUUCUACGACUAUUCUAUUACCAAAUACACCAUUUGGAACGCGAAGAUCAAGUACAUAUGUCCAAACCAUGGUAUCCAAGAACAGCGUGCUAACGAUCAUCGCCGUGGUGGAGGCUGUGGCAAAUGUGGGAGAGAGAAAACGAAAAAGGCUUUCCUUUACGACACUCAGAAGUUCAUUCAGGUGUCCAAUCGCAUCCACAACUCCCAGUACGACUAUUCAAACGUUGUUUAUUCCUCGUAUCUCGAAAGUGUUAGCAUUCGGUGCAAACUUCACGGCGAGUUUGUCCAGGUCGCCGGCCACCAUUUGAGUGGCCACGGCUGCCCAAAAUGUGGCAAUAUUUCAUGUAGGAACCGUGGAAAGCCAUCAAAGAUGCUCACAAGAACCAUGUUCCUACGUCUGGCCCGUGAGACUCAUGGUGGCAUCUACGACUAUACAAGCAUGAUUUACAAGCAAAAACGUACCGGUGUAUCGAUCAUUUGCAAGUCUCAUGGUCCGUUUGUGUGCCUCCCUGAUAAGCAUUUGAAAGGCGUAGGUUGCCCCACAUGUGUGUUUUUCGAUGCCUUUGUUGCAACCGCUUCAGCUUUGUAUCCGGGGAAGUUCGAAUAUGAUCGAUCCUCUUACAAGAAUAGCAAGACAAAGAUGCGUAUCACUUGCCAAGCACAUGGAGAUUUCUGGCAACAACCAGGAGAUCACAUCAGGAAACGCAGCGCUUUUCACUGCUACAUCUGCUUCCUCGAGAGCAAGAGGAUUACGCGUGACGAGUUUAUCGCAAGAUCGAAGGUCAUACAUGGUUCUGCUUAUGGAUACGACGACGUCGUUCUCGGAUCCACCUUGAACGAUUUCGUCACAAUUUUUUGCAACAAGUGUCAGAAGCAUUUCUCUCAAAGAGCGGUCAACCACCUCCAGGGCAAUGGGUGUGCGACGUGUUGCGAGUCUCAGCACGAGAAAAAGAUUCGUGCGUGGCUUGAAACUACAACUCACGUCUUUGAGCAGCAAAAAUCUUUUCCAGGGUUGAGACAUAUGCAGCCGCUCAAAUGCGAUUUCUACCUCCCUCAAUAUAAUCUUGUCAUCGAAUUCGACGGUAUACAACACUUUGAGCCGGUGAAGAUGUUUGGAGGUGAAGAGCGCUUCGCUAUCAAUCAAACGCGCGACCAAAUCAAAAAUGAAUACUGUGUCGCUCACCGCAUCAAUUUGCUCAGACUUAAGGACGGGCAAGACGUCAUCGCUGAAGUUCAGACAACUAUCGAGAUCAUCAAGAAGGGCGGUGACUCCAACGUCUAUCACAUCCUCUACGGCAAAUUCGCCACGCUUGCAUAG